ACAUGUCGAUUUUAAAGGCAAGCGUGAACAAACAUACACAACAAUGGCGGAGUAUAUGGUACUGUUGUUGCUGCUCAAGAUUUUGCUAACACUUCUUCAGCAAAGUGUGGAUUUAAUUCACCAAUAUUACAGCCAACAGCAGAGACGCAUCAUAUACGACAUGUAAUCGUCACUUCCCUAAAGGUGCUGAACUGUCUCCUCUGUCUGAGAAAAAAAGAAGUUGAAAUGAAGAAAGAUACUGCGCCCAAAAAGAAGUUGAUGUCCUGUGAGGAGAAGAGGACUCAUUUGUCCAGGAUGCAGCAGAAGUCGUCUUGUCCUCAACAGUGGAAGAACGCAGAGGAGAAGCUGCAGAAAGAACUUCUAGAAGCUGAGGCUUCAGAGAGCAAGGAGAAGAUGAUAAAGUUACACACAGAGACGCUGAACAUUGUGUUCCUCAUCUACUUCAGAAUACUGAAGAAAGCUCAGAAGCCCAUCUUACUCCCCUCCGUUUUAGAAGGUCUUGCAAAGUUUGCUCAUUUGAUAAACUUGGAGUUCUUGGAUGAUUUGUUGGUGGUGCUGUACGGCCUCAUCACAUCAGGUGAUCUGACGUAUCGCAAGAGCCUUCACUGCAUCCUCACAUCCUCUCAGGACAAGAGACACUUUCACCCCGUGGUGAGGAAGUUUGCCGCUCAUCUGAUGAAAGGCGCUCCUAGUGAAGGGUCAGGAGCUCUCAGCAUGGAGCUCAGCAGAAAGACUCCAGUGCAGCUGUUUGAAGACUACAGUGUUAAAGACAUGAGCUUCAAUCCUUCUGUUUCAGGGCCUCCCUCAAAGAAAAAGGAACAUUUCACAAUCGGUGAUGCGUUUUUAGAUUCAGAGCUGAAGACCCAGAUUGACGCUGCUCUUCAAAACGCGAGCGAGCAGACGAGUCUAGACUUCACAUCACAGCAGGAAACCAAUGAAUGAAUGUAAAUUAAG